AUGGCAGAAAGUCUAGCAAGCUCAUUGAAAGGCCUCAGUCUCCAGGAUCACGGCACAGAGUGGGAAAUAAAUUGCAAGCGGUUCCAGCAUGUGCACCCAUCGCAGUUUUCACCUCAACCGCUUCCCUUUUUCACCGACGUGAAAGAGCUUGGUGGGCUUACUCAAAAACUUGAUGAAGAGAAGUUUGUGCUAGACAGUUGCGAAGGUCUCGCUCAUUUGAAAGACGACGUUUCGCGGUUUGUGAAAGAUGGCGACCGAUCCUGUAUUUCCAACUACCUGGGCCACGACAUGCUUGAAAACUACGAGACUUACUCUCCGGUGUCUCCAGAUCAGCUGGAAGAUAUGCGUGGUGUAAAGCAAUUCAUUGACCACCGGUACAGCGUAAAGAAAAACAGAUCGAAAUUUACGAUUGUGUGCUCCAGACACAAUAUGAUAGAUCUGAUCAUGGCGCCAUUUUCAGAUCAGGACGUUCAUUUGAAUGCCAUAAACCAUGACAGCUAUCUUUAUCUUUUCCCCGAUAAACAGUCAGGCGAUGAGUUAGGGGGAAUUCACUCUGAUGACUCCAGGAUACGCAAGAUAUGCUAUACGGGGUUCGAGCUCGAACAUCUUGUCACCAAGGCCAAAGAUCCUAGUGUGUCAUCCGCUUUCUACUCAAUUGUUUGUGGGCAAAUAGACGAUGGUCUCGAAUGCCUGUUCAAAGCCGAAAUGGAUGCCGUUGAGCCAUCCUCCAGUACGUACACGGAGAUCAAGUGCUCCACGGGACUCAAAACAAAUUCUUCUUAUAACCGCCGAAAAAUGCUGCGUAUGUGGGUGCAGACCUCUCUGAUACCAAGUACGACUCUUCUUUUCGGUCUGCGAGACCCCUACUACAACCAGCUAGCAUCUUUCGAACGCUAUACCAGAACUCAGCUUUACCGCAAGUUCAACAACUCAAACUUGAAGUUUUCGCCCCAAAAAUAUAACUAUAACGCGAAUAUUUCAGUACAGUGGUUUCGACACAUUUUCAAAGCUAUUCAAAGGCUUGUUGAAGCGCAUUUGCCGCCCGAUACCCCAGAUGCCAGGUUGCACACGUCGUUCAAACUGACACUCACCAAAAGUCUAGUGCUGAAACUGCAGAAACUCAAUAAGAUGCCGCCCAACACGGUCUUCUAA